AUGAGACCCUCCGCGUUCCUCGUCGCCGCUCUUGCCGUCGUCCCCGGCGUCCUCGCCGUCGACCAGAUGAAGUCCGUCAUCAUCUGGGCACAGUCCGACUCUAUCAGUGACGAUAUCAUCGCAAAGGCCAAGCAGUCCAUUAUUGACGCUGGUGGCCAGAUUACCCACACCUAUUCUCUCAUCAGGGGUUUCGCUUGCGUCACUCCCGUCAAGGUCCUCGAGUCUGUCCAGGCUUUCAGCGAAGGCCUUGUAAUCGAUGAGGACCACACCGUUACCGGCUCGUAA